AUGGAACAAUCAGCAGCAACAGACAACAACGAAGUUCAUGAAACUCAAACUCAACAGGAAGCAACAGAAGAGACUGUAGCAGCACUACCUAAGAAAAACUGUUCGAAAAAUUGCAAUUCUUGUCUGGCAAACGAGUCAGUUAACUACUGCCCCCAGUGUGAGCAAUAUUUUUGUAAGCUAUGUUCGAAGUAUCAUCUCAAUAUGAGAUCGUCGAAAGGUCACAAGUUAAUGGGUAUGAAAACGCCUGAAUUUUUACACAAGACCUUUGAAUUUAGUCUUUGCAAGGUUCACAAAGAAACGUCGGUUAACAUAUACUGUGUAACUUGUAAGGACUACUCGUGCCCUCAUUGCUUGCUAGACCUUCACAAUAAUCAUAUCCUUGAUAGUAUUUCCAAACAGUUUGAAAAUUUUUAUUCAAAAUUUUCAGAAAAGAUAACUGCUACGACUGGAAGAGUGAAGAUCUUGCAUGAGGUGCUGGCGAAAAAUGAGGCCCAUUUUAAUGACUUGAAAGCUAAUGUGGAGAAAGAAAUCAAAGCGAUAAUCGAAAAAGAAAGUGAAAUAAAAAUUUUACUCAGAAAAUACACAGGUACCUUGAUUGACGAUAUAAAUGAUAAAUUCAACAACUACACAAAAGAGCAUAAUGAUUAUACUACAUACGUUAAAGACUGCAUCACCACUUUAAACAAUUUCAAAGAAAAAUCUGAAACCCAGCUAAACCAUCUAAACACCAGAUCAAUAGUAACUCUCCCAGAGGCAGUAGUCACAGAAGUAAUACCCAUAGACAACUGCAGACCAUUUUUGUGUGAAUUUAACGUUAGUUUCUCUGGGUCUGUAUCAACGGAGGGAACCUUCAAUGGUAAUGUUGCCACAAUGUUCGGUACACUGGCAUGCUCCGUCGAUAAGGAAACUGAAGCUUUGAUAGCUAGCAGACCUGCCAUCUCUUUAGUCUAA